GUUGAGAUGAACAGACAAAGAAGAAAAAUAGAAAAUCAGCAGAGGGCUGGAGACAGAGGACAGUGGGCCAGUAAAACCGAAUAUCUCCUGGUUGUUGCAGGAAAUGUGGUCGGUCUGGGCAACGUGUGGAGAUUUCCUUACCUCUGCUACAAGAAUGGUGGAGGUGCCUUUCUGGUGCCGUAUGGUCUGUUAGCUGUGAUGUGUGGGAUACCUCUGUUCCUAUUGGAAACCUCAGUCGGUCAGUACUCCCAGGAAGGAUUCAUCACCUGCUGGAGGAAACUGUGUCCCCUUGCACAAGGGAUUGGAUAUGGAAAUUUGAUAAGUAAACUUUAUGACUUCAGCUACAUUAUAAUCCAAGUCUGGGCUCUCUUCUACCUGGUGUUCUCAUUCAGAUCCCAGCUUCCCUGGGUCAGCUGUGAGAACGCCUGGAAUACAGCUAACUGCAUGGAUCUUCAGAUUUUGGAUUCUCCUUCAAAAAAUUGGACAAAUCAGACCAUGUUGACGAACACCACCUCUGCUGCUACAGAGUUCUGGGAACGACGUGUGCUGGGCAUGUCUGUAGGCAUUGAAGAGCUGGGCAGUGUGAGGUGGGAUCUGGCCUUGUGUCUUCUGACCUCCUGGGUCUUCUGCUACUUCAGUGUCUGGAAAGGUGUCAAAUCUUCUGGAAAGGUAGCAUACGUCACAGCCACUUUCCCCUAUGUGAUGCUCCCCAUACUGCUCAUCAGGGGCUUAACUCUGCCUGGAGCUUGGGAAGGUAUCUACUACUAUCUGUAUCCAGACCUAAACCGCCUGGCAAACCUUGAGGUCUGGAUAGAGGCAGGAUCUCAAAUAUGCUUCUCCUAUAGCUUGACUAUGGGGACUCUGACUGUUCUGGGCAGCUACAAUCGCUACAAUAACAACUGUUAUAAGGACUGCUUUUGGCUCUGUCUGCUGAACAGUGGGACCAGUUUUGUUGCUGGAUUUGUCGUCUUCUCUGUGCUUGGAUUCAUGGCUCACAAACAGGGUGUUUCUGUCGACAGUGUGGUUGAAUCAGGUCCAGGUUUGGCCUUCAUUGCUUACCCUCAGGCAACAGCUAUGAUGCCUUUGCCACAGUUCUGGACUGUCUGCUUCUUCCUGAUGCUUCUUAUGCUGACUGUUGACACACAUUUUGUGACAGUCGAGUGUUUUAUCACCUCAAUAAGCGACUUGUUUCCGGAGCUGUUUCGUAAACCUUGGAGACACGAGAUGCUCGUCCUUUUCAUCUGUUCAUCUUUUUUCCUUGUAAAUCUGAUGUUGGUCACUGAGGGAGGGAUUUAUAUAUUCCAGCUCAUUGAUUAUUAUGGCACAACCAGAGCUUGUCACUAUUUCAUGGCUUUAUCUGAGUGUCUGGCUCUGGCCUGGAGUUUUGGUGCUGAUCGUGUUUUUAACAUCAUUGAGGACAUGACAGGACAGAGACCGUCUGUUUUCUUCAAACUGUGCUGGAAAUGGAUCAUUCCUUCACUGUCACUGAUUUCCUUCAUCCUGUACCUGGUCGAUUACAAACACCUCAAGUUUAACGACUGGUACAGUUACCCUGACUGGGCUUACGCACUGGGAUUGACCAUGACCCUCUCUUCUGUUCUCAUGGUGCCACUGUGGGCAGCUAGACAGAUGUGUUUUACAGCAGGGACCUUCAGACAGCGUUUUUCUUUCCUUUGCCGUCCUGCUGAAGAUCCAGCCUGGCAGAGCAAAAAAAUGGGAGAGGAGGGAACCGCUGUUGAGCUGGCGACGCCUGUAGUGACCACUUAG